UGUCACGUCACAUGCCACCAAACAGAUGUGACCCACCGUUAGCAGCUUGGAAAGAACUGACUCAUGUGAGCCCUCCUGGACCCUCUGUGUUAGCCAUCAUGGGAUGUGGCACUUCUGUCGCCACAGAAAAGCAAGGGAAAAAACUGGAGUCAGAUGAACCAGUUAAAACUCCCAGCCCGGCUCUGACUAUGAAGGCAGCUGUUUUGAUCCAGCGAUGGUACCGGCGCUACAUGGCCCGUCUUGAGAUGAGGCGCAGGUACACCUGGAACAUCUUUCAGUCUAUUGAAUAUGCCGGGGAACAAGACCAACUACAGCUCUCUAGUUUCUUCACUUUCAUGCUGGACAACUUCACUCAGCUGAAUGGGAAUGGGCCAGACUUGAUAUCCCAGCUGCUGGACCCAGUGGUCGACCCAUGGUUAGACAGAGAGACCUGCUACAACUUGAUCCAUGUUCCAGAGUCCUACACUGGACCUAGACUAUCAUUUCCUCUCUCUGUCGCUGAUACAAACACACUCCUGAGUGCAUUUAAGGAGCAGCAGACUCUCCAUGCCAGAUACGUUCUCCAGCUUCUGUAUGAGACCAAAAAGCUCCUAAAACAGAUGCCAAACAUAGUCCACUUGUCAACAUCCUACUACAAAGAGAUCACUAUAUGUGGUGAUCUGCACGGGCGGCUCGAUGACUUACUACUUAUAUUUUAUAAGAAUGGUCUUCCUUCUGCAGAGACGCCAUAUGUGUUUAAUGGGGAUUUUGUGGACCGUGGAAAAAAGUCAGUCGAAGUGGUUAUUCUGCUGUUUGCCUACCUUUUGCUUUUCCCAGACUACAUGCACCUGAACCGAGGAAACCAUGAAGACCACAUAAUGAACCUUAGAUAUGGGUUCACAAAAGAAGUCAUGCAGAAGUACAAGACUCAUGGCCCUGAGAUCCUUCAGCUAUUUCAGGAUGUUUUCAGCCUUCUGCCUAUUGCAACAGUAAUUGACGGAAAGAUACUGAUUGUUCACGGAGGGAUUUCAGACCAGACUGACCUGGACUUCCUGAGCUCCAUCGAGAGACACAAGGUGAAAUCUGCCCUAAGGUUUCCCAGGUGCAGUUUGGAGCACCUGGACAUCAGUCAGUCCUGCAGGCAGACCAAAAGAGCGAGAUCGUCAGACAGCUCGCGUCCUGGCAGCAGUCGCAGUCAAAGCAAGAACCAAAGAACCCCGAACCUGAGAAAGAAGAGAUGCAAGCUUAGCAGACAAGACAGCGCUGUUUCCACUUCUUCCUCCUCGUCUUCCUCGUCUUCCUCUUCUCUCUGCUCACCUCGAACCCCAUCCUGCCUCUCACCUCGUCCUUGUCCAUCUUCUCCUUGCAUGCCUUACUCUGUUAACAUCCUCCAAGUCCCUUUCCUGGACUCUUUGUCCUCCGUUCCCCUCCCAUCACCUUCGCAGCAUGAGCAGGAAUGGAAACAGAUAGUGGAUAUAUUGUGGAGUGACCCUAAAAUCCAAGAUGGCUGCAGUCCCAACACCUUUAGAGGGGGAGGCUGCUACUUUGGUCCUGAUGUCACUCAGAGAUUACUGCUCCAACACGGACUCCAGCUUCUCAUCCGCUCUCAUGAGUGCAAACAAGAAGGAUACGAGCUCUGUCACAGUGGAAAGGUGAUCACCAUCUUUUCAGCGUCUAAUUAUUAUGAGGAAGGAAGCAACCGCGGUGCCUAUGUCAAACUGGGGAGAGAACUGGUGCCUCGCUUCUACCAGUAUCAAGUCAGCCGCACAACUCGCAAACUUACACUGACACAGAGAGUACGAGCCGCUGAGGGAUCUGCUCUCAGAGCCUUAAAGGAGAAACUGUUUGCUCACCGCUCGGAGCUGAUGGCCGGCUUCCAGCAGUACGACCAAAAUGACACAGGUCGUGUGUCAGUCUGUGAGUGGGCUCUGGUGCUGGAGUCUGUACUGCGACUGGACCUGCCAUGGAGGACCCUUCGUCCACACUUAGCCCGCCUGGCGCCAGAUGGCAGCUUGGAGUAUCAGUCCUGCUUCGAGGAUAUGGGACCAGGCAUUCCACUGCCACAGGUCACUCCAAAUUUGGCUGAAACUUUGUUCAGAUACAGGACAGACAUUGAGAUAAUAUUCAACAUUAUAGAUAAAGAUCAUUCAGGUCUGAUUUCCAUCGAGGAGUUUCGUCAAACCUGGCGUCUUUUUAGCGCUCACUUGGGGGUUGCCAUUGAUGACAGUGCCAUCGAUGACCUGGCUCGAAGUAUUGACUUUAAUAAAGAUGGCAGUAUAGACUUCACUGAGUUCCUAGAGGCCUUCAGAGUGGUACACAAACUGGACAGCAAGGAUCAGCAACUCCAUGAAAAGAUGGAUGGAGAGAAGAGAACAGUCUGAAUACUGAACUGUGGAAGUACAAAUGUCAAAUGGAACACAGAAAAGCAUGAAUAAGAUAAAGUACUUCAGUAUAUGUUUAUUGGUAAAAUCCAUCUCUGAAUACUUGAAGACAACACAACUGGAAGGGAUGUAGUGAUGAUUCAGUGGCAGAUUUCCCGAUGGUGGUGUUAUGGGUUAGGAGGGGUAUGACUCGAGGAAUGUCAGUGACAAAGGCUGAGCUGAAUGAAGUGAUAUAUCUCUACAGCUGUCAGACAGAUGUCUUUUGUAGAAUGACCAGCUUUUUUGGGGGGCUCAUUGGGGCGGGAUCUUCACAGCCAGUGGAUGUAGUACCAUGAGCAUUUCACAGGACUGCAGCUCUUAAGGUUUUACGUACUUGAGGCGCAGCUUAAUUUGCUUUGAUUGCUUUUCCUCCACAACAAUUGAAGGCUUGUGAAAAAUAUGGUGACUAACAGCGGGCAGAACAGCAGCCCCUUCUGAAUAUAAGACUACUAUUAUGAUGCCUAAAUUAUUGUUGUUAAAAUGUUUUGAUGGCAGCAGGGCAUGCUGGGAGACAUGUUACUUAUACUUCCUGACCUUGCUCCCUCUCAUUUGUGGAAAACGGAUGUGAACUUGUUGACAUCAGCUAUGAAAUAAUUUGUUUUUCAGCGCAGCAGCAUUUUGAAUUAUGUUUAGCAAACAAAGCAAGAAAGUGGUGCUCAAAAGAGGAAGUUUAAAAAAAGAGAGCAGGUUGAGUAUACUGCCAGGACUUUGGAUCUGAGCAGGGUUGUUCAUGACUUUGCUGAGCGCCACGUCUGGGCCAGAUAUCUCUUCCACUGCAAACCUAUAAACUUGUAAUGCAAACAUUUUAAAAUAAUUUGUGUUUCAGUUUUGCUAGUGAUUUUUCUGAUGGUUAUGUUGUCUUUAAAAGUCACUCUGGCACACUAUAACACUUUUUCAUAGUUAAAGUAAUCAUUAUUUGAUGUUCUUUUUAAUUACUUAAACGGUAACAUAUAAAUGUCCAGUGUGAGGUCCCUAAACUGUUUGUCGAAAACUAAAAGAUGUUUAGUAAAAUAUAUUGACAUCUCCACCAGAGAUGGAUAGUAGGCUGCUACAAAUUGGCAUCAUUUUAUACUAUGUAUACAUACAUUUUCUCUUCAUUUAGUAGUUGGUCUAAUUAUAUAUGAUAUUCUGACUAUAAUUAUAGAACAAAUAGAGAGUU